UCUCGCUCAAAAACACACUCAUAAUUCGGGAUGAGGGUACAUUUUCGUUGAAAAAUGAAGUAAAUCCCUAAGAACAAACAGCUUUCGAGGUUACGAUGAAUUUGAGCGAUAAUGUUCCGAAAUCGAUAAUGUGCCAUGUAUAAAAUCUUGGCACCUUUGGCCAGUCUGUGGCUUUACAGUCAAUUCUCUAUGCAUCGACUUCAAAGGAAGCUACCACGGUAGAUGUUUCGACUUGAGGCUGGUUCACUUUUUCGUUGUAAUAUCGCUUAAGGACGAAUUGUAUGUACAUUUGCGAUAAUGAUAUCUUUUCCAUUAUCACUAAGGCAUGGUCCGAUUUAUGGUUCAGAAGAAUCUAUAUCGUUGGAAUGAGCAGUCGCGUUUCGUUUAUCAGCAAAUGAACGAGUGUGAAAGCUUGGAUUUGAUAAUCUUUGAGUGCUGAUCCGAUAACUUCGACCAUUAGAAAAUAUCUUCUCAGUAAAUCGUAUUCGUCAUGGAAUCAUGUAAUCCGGAGUCGCCGUUGAAACAAGAUUUUCAAAAGGAAUACAACAUCAUUCUGUUUGGUGAAACUGGCGCGGGAAAAUCAACUCUGAUUAACUAUCUGACAAAUUAUUUUGGAAACGGCACACCAGGAAAUUUCAAAAUUGCAAUCCCUACGAAGCAUCAUGUGGCAACCGAGGGUCUAGAGCACCACGAAGACAACGUUCAGGAUGCUACAAAAAGCCAAACUAGAGCCUGUACUGUAUAUAAUUUCAGAGAACAGGACACGAUAUUCAACUUCAUAGACACGCCAGGGCUCAGUGAUACCGAAGGGCCGGAACAGGAUGAUUUCAACGUUCGGCAAAUUAUGGGAGCCGCUGAGCAGAGCGGUAUGUUGACAGCAAUCAUCCUUGUUAUAAAUGGAACGCAGGCCCGAGCUACUGUAACGCUGCGCAACACGUUGUGUCUGUUGAGAAGCUCAAUACCAGACGUCCUUCUGCAGAACCUUGUCGUUGUUCUAACAAAUUGUUCUGUUACAACAGUCAACUUCGACCUGGUCCAUUUAGAACCAUGGACUAUUGCUGAGUCGAACGUUUUCCACAUGAACAACUGUGCCCUCAGUAGACCAGUAUCACAAUGGACAAAAAACGAACGGAUGAAGAAAAAUAUGGAAAUGGAAUGGGAAUGCUCAAUGGAAACUAUCGAAGAAUUGACCCAGAACUUGAAGCAGCUUGGUGGAAAAGCGACCGAAGCUUUCAAACAAAUGCGCAUUAAUAGAGACAGAAUAAAAUCGCAGCUACAAAGCAUUUUGGCGGAGGUGAAGAAGUUCCAGGAUCUUCAAAACGAACUGGAUAUUAUGAAAACCACUCAGCAGCAUAUAUCCACCGACAUUGAAAAAUAUUCCGACUAUAAGCGAACGAAACAGGUGGAAUAUACGGAAUUGGAAAAAUGCGAUUUUUACAGUACAAUCUGCACGGAAUGCUGUAAACUAUGCUAUGAAUGUUGGACACAUGUCAAUUCGCCCAAAGCAGUUCGUUAUGCAAGACCACGUUCAACACCGACUAUUAGUGGCAUAAUAAGUUUUUUUAAUGCUACAUUUGGUGGAAAUUGCCAUUGCGGCCAUACACCCUACAGUCACUACGACGACAACGUUAAGUCAGUCAAGAAAACGAAAACCGUCGAGGAAAUUCUCGAAGAUAUAAAAACCGCCUAUGAUGAUAGCGUGAGUAAAAAUGAACAAAUACAGUCUAAAAUUGGUGGCCUGGACGCCGAUAUUGCUGCACUGAAACAUGCUCUCGAUGCGAAAGAAAUGGAAAUCCUGGAAUGCUGUGAUGGGCUGAAGAAACUCUGCUCGCAGUUUAACUUUGUAGACGAGCUCCAGGGCGUCAUUGAUGUCAUGGAGAGAGAUGCCCGUUCGCUUACCUCCACGGUGGCAAGGGUCGAUGCUGAGAACAGAAUCAGAAGCAUCAAACACCUGGUCGAUACGCUGUCAAGUGCUGGGAAGAGUGGGUAGAACGCAACACAAGUUUCGGAUAGAGAAUGAAGUAUAAUAAAUGCUUAUUUUUUUUUUGUUUUUAUUAAUGUGUAUUUUAACUUAUAACUAAUUCU